GGGAGAACAUUGUCAAAGUCUAUAAUGAAAGGAAAACGCCAAAGAUGACAAAAGAUAUAACAGAAGAUAUAACAGAAGAUAUAACAGAAAAUAUAACAGAAAAUAUAACAGAAAACAUAACAGAAGAUACAACAAAAGAUAUAACAGAAGAUAUAACAGAAGAUAUAACAAACAGAGUAUCAAGUGAAAAAACAAAUGCGGUACAUAGUAUGGAUGAUGAAAUGGCGUGGAAGACUGACAGGCUGCGAAGUAGGACGUAUUCAAACAGAAACACCAGAGGAAAUGAUUUAUCAAAAGCUAAAACAACAUCAUCAUCUGCAUCAAACCGUAUACAAAAUCGUAAAAAGAAAGGGAAACACUCGCUCAAAAGUAAGUGGCUGAUUAUCAAUUUUCAGUCAAAGCUACUGUAGAUCUGUUCACCACCCAGGUUGCUCAUUGAGCAUGUCUCCGUUUCUUGCACCGUGAGAUUAGAAAAUUGUCCACCGCAUGCCAGUUCCAGAAAAUAUUAUACUGGGAAGAACACAGGAAAGACUCGAAGUCUGGUUUCAAAAAGUUGCAAAACCCACACAUGUUUUUCUUCUAAACGUGCAAUAUAUAACAAAUUUAUCCAACAAAGGACCAAACAGAAAAUUUAACCAGCCGUAGUAAAACAACACAUGCUUCUUUUCAGAUACAUCUGAGUCAAAUGAUGCAGACGAAAUUGAAGUUCAGGUAUGAAUAAUAAAAAGUCCCUGGACAAAGCAAAUAAAUGCAUGAAUAAGAGUACCCGGGCAUCUGGUGGCGUAUAGCAAGCGCCUUUCACCUCUAAGUUUGUGGGUUCGAUUCUCGCUACGGACUCAUGUGAAAAGAGUCAGUUAAAAUAGUCUAGGCUAUAAAGUAAUACUUGAUGUGAAGCGCAUUUGAUCAUAUCCACAUGAAAAGUUUGCGCGAUAGAAAUGUUAAUCGUAAUUGUAUACCCGUGGACUUUAUAUAAGGACGUAAUUGUACCCGUGGACUUUAUAUAAGGACGUAAUUGUACCCGUGGAGUAUAUAAGGACGUUUAUAACUCUAUUACUCCACAGCUAUACAAUACACUGCUUUGACCCUAAUUUCUUUACUUUCGGCGUACAAUAAUGCUUCAAAUGCGGUCAACAAGAUUUUGAUAAUUUGAUGUAAUAUACUUGGAUAUAAAUUUGCUGUAGAAAGAGACCGGAACUGCUUGGAUUUGAAAAUCUAUUCCUGUUUGUAAAUUGGCGAAUCUUUAUUUAUCGGUUUAUUUUAUUUUACUGUUCAAGAGAUCAAGAAGUGGCAGGUUAAUAUGCCCUGUUCUAGAUUAUUGGCGAGGUCAGAGGAUUGUCACCUCUCCUUGUGAAGGAGAAAUAACAAUUAUUAAAUCAAAUUUGGAGGAAGACUCGAGAUUGACAUUGGUGUGUAGCUCUUGUUUUGAAUUUCAUAGUGAUGUUCGUAGAUAUUUCUAUAAAGUAGAUAUUAUGUAGUCUGUAAAACCGUUUUAAUCAAUAACCUAAAUACAUUUUCCUAGGUGGAAACAAGUAGAAACAGCAGUGGUUCACUUCAAAAUCCAACGAUAACCUCGAGUGCACCCACAAGUGGAACUAAUUCAUCGGGGACAGAAUGGGCGCGAGAUAGUCCCAAAGAUGGUAAAAACUUUUCUCACGACCUUUUAGCUGCAUGUUCUGAAAU